AGCCCUCGCCAGUGGCCCGCGCGAGGCUCGUCGUUGCCGGCUGAAAUUGCUUUCUUGUGCCUACAGUGAUAUAUGCGGUUAUGUUCACUGUAAGAUGUUUCUCGCGCGAUACUCAUCGUUUUUCAUGCAAAAGGCCGGCGAGCCGGGCGUGGUGGUGCUGAACCCGGAGGCGCUGGCGGCGGCGGCGUCGGACGAGGAGUGCGAGUGCGACGGGCCGCCCUCGCCCUGCGCCGUGCGCUUCGUCAACGACAACGUGCUCAUCAACGGCCGCUCCUCCAUGCCGCCGCGCCCCAACCGCGACCGCAUCGCCAAGCUGAAGCUCCAGUUCGACGACUCGCUGACGUGCACAUUUGAGUACCCAUCCGAGACGUCCCUGUGCGAGGAGCCCGAGGACGCGGCGCACGCUGGCCAACCCACGCACGCCUCGCUCACCUCCAACACGCAUAUAGUGUCGGCGGCGCUGGCGCGGUACACGCCGCACAAGACCGUGGCCGACGCCUUCCAGCUCGGCGUCACCAGGCACUCCUGCGCUCCAGCCCCGGAGGCGGUGAGCAACGGCAACGGGUCGGCGGCCGACGACGAGGACGCGGGCGACGCGCGGCCCUGCCAGCCAGCCAGCGCGCGCUCGUGGAGCGAGGCGCGCACGCUCACCACCGACCUGCUGUUCUAGCGCGAGGUCGGCGCAGUCCCCCGAGCGCGACCCGCGCGAGCAGCGACUACCGCCGUUGGAACGGACUAUUGGACACUGCUCAAAUUAUACAGUCCCCAUUUAGAGUAAGGAGAUUUACAUACGAAUCGACCUAUCAGCCUGAUACCUAAAUUUUGUAAAGGUUUUGCAAUUUUUUAAACAAAUGCAACAUAUUUUUGGAAACUUUUCCGAUUUGUGACAUUAUUGUAUUGUAGAUGCAUUUUGUAGAAGUAUGUACUUAACUGCGAUUACUUAACGUGGAUAUGAUGUAAAAAUUGACUGGCUUUGUUAUGAAUGUGGGCGUAUACAGAAACUUGCUUAAAUUCGUUCCUUUUGACUUUCGAACAUGAGUAAACUUAGUGCCUGGCCUUAUGAUGCACGGACUCAUCUCUAUCGACAAAUCUGGUCCACUUUCUCAUAGAAAGGUCCGUUCACAUUCGUAAGAAAGUCGCUCGCUAUGUAAUUUAAAAAAUUUGACUAUUUUAUUUAAUGUACUGAUAUUUCCUGUCAUAUCCGCAGACUAACGAAGCUCGACUGAUUAGCUGAUAAAUUGAUAACAUAACUUU